ACUGUGUAUUCCAAAUUAAGGUUUAAAGCAGUUUUGGGCGAAUGCCUGUUGUUUUUACCUGCAUUGUAUCUUUUGUCUAUGAAUAAAUGAAAUGAAAUGAAAUUUCUGCUUUCUGCAACUAAUCAAUUAUUUUAUAUUUUCAGGUGAAAUGUGCACAUGAACUCUACUAUAGAACGAGGGUAACUUCAAUGAGCUUUGCUGACGUAGGUGAAAUCGCGUUUGCCAAUGGACCUCCCUGGGCUAGGCGCUUCAGUGGUCUUGCCAGGGUUUCGAUCAUUGUGGGACUGUUCGCUGCCUACUUUGCCACGUGUAGUGUCUACACCGUCAUAAUCGCCACCAACUUCCAGCAGGUGAUCGAAUUCUACACAGGUGAUGACGAGGCGACCAGCGGCGAGCGUAUCCGCCUGUACAUAGCCGCACUGAUGAUCCCACUGGUGCUGAUUAGCUGGGUUCCGAACCUCAAGAAGUUGGCGCCCAUCUCGAUGGUGGCGAACGCGUUCAUGGGCGUCGGUCUGCUCAUCACCUUCUACUAUCUGUCCAUCGACCUGCCGUCGGUCGCCGAACGCGCCUACGUUGCGCCAUUCGAGGCGAUGCCGCAGUUCUUCAGUAUAACCAUUUUCGCCAUGGAAGCUAUCGGAGUGGUCAUGCCUCUGGAAAAUGCAAUGAAAACUCCUCAGCACUUUAUCGGCAUUUGCGGUGUGCUGAACCAAGGCAUGGGUGGAGUGACAAUGAUCUACAUCUUCCUCGGCUUUCUCGGUUAUUUGAAGUACGGAGCUGAAACUAAAGGCAGUAUCACACUCAAUCUGCCAAUUGAAGACUAUGCUGCCCAAGCUGUGAAAAUUCUUGUAGGUUUGGCUGUGUUUUGUACUUACGGACUGCAGUACUUUGUGUGCCUGGAAAUCGUUUGGAACUCAUUGAAAGACCGCUUCCAGAAGAACUCGGCAUUGGCUGAAUACGUGGUCAGAACUAUCCUUACUGUGGCAGCCGUACUUUUGGCAGUGGCUGUACCAACGAUUGGACCAUUCCUGGGUCUGAUUGGAGCUCUGUGCUUCUCGCUGCUGGGUCUCAUCAUCCCUGUCUUCAUAGAAUUCGUCACCUACUGGGAGAAGGGCUUUGGGCCCGGUAACUGGAUUGUCUGGAAGAACAUUCUGGUUCUCAUCUGUGGUUUCCUAGCCUUGGUGUUCGGCUCCUACACGAGUCUCCUGGAAAUCAUCAACGUCAAAGAUCUUCCCUCGCCGCUGGAGACUUUCACCAAUGAGAGCUCACUCCUCGGCAACGAGACGAUGACUCAUCUCAAUGCCACCCUGCAGCAGCUCGGCGAAGUGGUUAACAGUACUCUCGAAGCCGCCGUCGACAAACUAACGUAACACACCAACGCCCAUUUAUUGAUUUACUUCUAAUCAAUGUGUAUUAAGAUAGGGAAACGUGUUUGAGAAGUUAGGAAACAUUGUUAAACUCGUUCAUAUGAAUAUGAAUCAACUUUGUUAAUCAACUGAAACAACUCCAAUCAACUGUAUUUACUUGGUUAACUAAUUUGUUGUUGAAUUAACUUGUAACGGCUAGGUCGAGAAAGCUUUCAAAUCAACUGAACCAUUUUAUGUAUCAACUUUGUUAAUCAACUGAACCAUUUGAUGAAUCAACUUUGUUAAUCAACUGAAACAACUUCAUGAAUUAACUGUAUUUACUUGGUUAACUAAUUUGUUGCUGAAUCAACUUGUAACGGCUAGGUCGAGAAAGCUUUCAAAUCAAUUUAACCAUUCGAUGAAUCAACUUUGUUAAUCAUCUGAACCAUUUGAUGAAUCAACUUUGUUAAUCAACUGAAACAACUUCAUAAAUGAACUGUAUUUACUUUUACUUGUUAUUUAAUUUGUUGUUAAAUCAACUUGUAACGGCUAGGUCGAGAAAGCUUUCAAAUCAACUGAAACCAUUUGAUGAAUCAACUGUAUUUAUUUGGUUAAUCAACAUGUUGAAUGACAUGAAACAACUUGAUUGAUCAACACGUUAAAUGAUAUGAAACAACUUGAUUGAUCAGUUUUAUUCACUGUACUUUACCGACUUGGUAUAUAAUACUACUGAAAUCAUUUGAAAAGUCAACUCAAACUAUUUUUUGGUUGUUAGGCUUGUCUAGUUAAUUUAAAAGACUUGGUUAAUCAACUAUAAGUUCGUUAAUCAAAAUGUUUAAUCAAUUUAGUUUCAAAUUAGUUAAUCAACUGUAAUAACUUGUUUUUAUUUGGUUAACUAGAAGUAUCUAAGAAGUAUUUAUUUCAAUGAUUUUGAUGAACGAAAAAAUUGUAGUAAUAUGGUGAAUCUGAAUAAUAUUGAAGGGCUAAAAGUACCUCAUAAUUGAAUGAUGAAUAAUUGUUUUCGAUUAACUAAAUUUAUAUCAGUGGCUGGCCGAUAUCUUUAUUUGAUGGAAAUAGUUUUGAUGAACUAAAAAUAUCCACCUUCAAAAUUAGAUGAAACGUUGUUUCAAAAAUUUAAUAGUAUUUUUGUCGUACUCUUGGAAUUUAUACACUAUAAAUUAGACAAUAUGAAUUCAUGAAUUUGAAAAAAACAUAGUUUCAUAACUAUUCGAUCAAUUACUGUUUCAAUGAAAUGAAAUUGAUUAGUUUUAGUGAUUUAAUGAUUCAUAGUUUUCAUAAACUAAAAGAAGAAUCUCAGUUUAGAAUUUGAAGUUUUGAUUAUUGAUAAUAAUUAUAGGCCUAUUUUAUCGCAUCAAGAUCCCAGUGUGGCGAUCUAUAAAUCGUGAUUUUCAAAUUUGAAGUUUAUGUUCGAUACAAUCAUUUUUAAAAACAAAUUAGGCUAUUUUGAACCAUUUUGCCGGUUUAUUGGCAAACUGUUGAUUCAGAAAGCUGAGAGUAGGGCCCUGUAGGAUUUCUCUUGUUGCUCGAAGUUAGAAGUUGUUGAUAAUUUUUCUAAUUGUGUUCUAAUUUAUCCUAUUUUGGUUGUGAUUAUGGUGUUUCAAUUUGGCAUCUUAUUUUAAAUUCUAAGAAUCAGUUAUUAGUGUUCAAAUGAAAGCUAGAUUAGAUUAUUUCUCAUGUAUGCGCUUUCUAUCUUUCAUAUUUUACGGUACCGGUAUGCGAAGAAUUACAUUAUAAUUAUGAAUUUUUAUAUUGUUGACCUCGAACAAGAUCAAUUAUUAGAAAAUAUCAACUUCCAAUCUUGCUCCAUAACUUGAAGUGUAAACGAGAAUAAAAAUAAUCACUUGUCUAGUUUCAAGACACGCUUUUAUCUAAGGGUAUGCAAACAAUAAAGGAUUCUAACUAUAGUUUGUUGUAAAUUAAGUUGGAAUUUAUUAUCCAAUAAUAGCAAAUUCUAACCACAACACUAGUGCCUCGAUCACUAUAAAAUAAAAACAAUUAUUGUGAUAGCAUGAACAAUGAAAUAAUAGGCUAUAUUUUUCUGUAUUUAAAUUUAUCUGUAUUAAAUUGAAUACAAAUGUUAUCAUAGUUACAAGAAAUUUAUCUUCUCAUCUAAUUGUUCUAAUUUGCUUCAUAUAUUAAUUAAAUAAUUCGAAUAAAUAUUUUCUCUCACUAAAACAUUGAAAGUCACUUCUCUGGUUUACUUUGGUGACAUUACACCAAGGUAAACAGGGUUUUAUUGUUUAACGAUGAAUGAUUUAAAAUAAUUUGAAUUAUUUGCUGAUGAAUAAUGAAAUUUUUACAGCAUUACUGGAUUUUUGUUGCUAAUUUAUAAUCAAAGUGCCUUCCGAACAUUCUAAAAAUGUUUCUGAACUAUUUUAAUAUUUGUAUGUAGGCUAGUGACAGAAAUUAAUACACAUUUUCUUCUCUGGUGAACUUGCUAAUUCGUCCGUUUAUUAUAUAUAAAACUGAAAAUAAUUCUGGAAUAAAAAUUGCAUUGACUGAAAUAAUUUUAUCUGGCAGAAAUAUCAAUACAUAUCACUUUUUAAGCAUGAUAAAAAUUCGAAACUCUGUUCUUUUAGUAGGGAUUGAUAUUUUUGUUCGAUUGUGAAUAUUAUACUACAUUCCUUAGCGCAUUUUAUAAGAAUGGAUUUGUGGAUGUUAUUGUAUUGCCAGAAACAAAUUACGAUGUUAUGAGUACCUAAUUAUUUUUUUGAAAAUAAUUAGAGAUUGAGAAAUCAAUUAUAGAUAGGAAUGCAUCGUGCUAGAAAAAUCUAUAGAUUUUUGAUGUACCGGUUUGAGUGCCUUUUAGAUAAUACUAUUAUGCAUAGGAUAUAAUCUUGAUAUAAUGUUACAGUUUAAAUUUGUAUUUCUAUUUGGUAUUGAGUGCAGAUGGUUUUCUUGUAAGAUUUACCACCGAUAAUAAUUUGUUUUAUGGUUUGAAAUUGGAAUUGGAAAUUCUUGUUUGGAAUUUUCAUAAGAAUCUCAUGAUUUGAUUAAUGGAGUAUAUCGUUAUAUAUACAAUAAUAUGCUUUGAGAGCGCUUUAAUGCAAGAUUUUUUGUUAGAAUAUGUUAAUUAAUAAUUCUACUCAUUUAGCCCUAAGUACCUAGUAAAAACUAUUUUGUAAAUAUAAAUUUUCUGUUA